GGGAUUGAAAGCUUCGGCACAAAAUUCGCUUGUUUAGAAGAUGGUAUAAAAGUGAAAAUUAUCGAAAUUAAAAGCAACGGGUCCAAAUAACUAAUCUCGAAUGGAGUUUUCUUUCUCCUAUAGGUUAGACAGCUCCUUCUCGUUUUAGUAAGUAGGUCAUUGUUUGGCCACCCAUUUUCAAAUCCCGUGAUGUCAAAGGGAGUUGGCUUUCCGGUUAUCAAAAUAGCUAUUUACUUAGCUAGAAAACAUAGCUGGUUAUGUAGCUACAUGUUUCAUAUUUUAGUCGAAGCACUGAGCAUUCUAUAAAGCGAACAAGAGCACCAAAUUCGAAAGAUGGCAGACACCGCAAACAGGCUGCGUAAACAGCUGGAAUCGGCUAAUUUCGACCCCCAGAAUUAUGUCAAACAGCUUUCACAACAAUCUGAUGGCGACAGAGAUUUGCAGGAACACCGUCAAAAAAUUCAGACCCUGGCUGAUGAGACUGCGCAAAACUUGAAGAAAAAUGUUUAUAAAAACUACAGGCAGUUUAUCGAAACUGCAAAAGAAAUCUCAUAUUUGGAGAGCGAAAUGUACCAGCUGAGCCAUAUUUUAACGGAACAGAAAAGUAUUAUGGAGAGCAUAACCCAGUCUCUGCUCUCAACUGAUAAAGAUGAAACUGCAAAGGAAAUGCUUGCUGCCUUCCCGAAAGAAACAGAAGAAGUGAAGCAGAGAACGCUUACAACUUUGCUGGAAAAAGUGGAGGGCUGUAAAAACAUUAUGGAGACCCCUGGCAGGUAUUUAGUGUACAAUGGUGACUUGUUGGAGUAUGAUGUUGAUAAUAUGUCGCAGAUCCAAAAAGUGCACGCUUUCCUGAUGAAUGACUGUCUGCUUAUUGCCACCUGGCUACCAAACCGCCGUGGUGCUGUGAAGUAUAAGUACAAUGCUCUAUAUGACCUGGAGAGCUUUGCCAUUGUCAAUGUAAAGGACAACCCUCCAAUGAAAGACAUGUUUAAAAUACUCAUGUUUCCAGAUAGUCGCAUUUUCCAGGCAGAGAAUAGCAAGAUCAAGAAGGAGUGGCUGGAGAUCCUUGAUGAAACCAAGAAAAACAAAGUGGUGAAGGAAAGACACAAGAAAGAGGAGGAGGUGCCAAACUCGCCGGUGCGGCCGGAGGUCUCCAACAACCCCUUUGACGUGGAGGACGAGCCCCUGAGCUCAGAGGAAGUAGUGGACCUGAGCUUGGAGUGGAUACAGGAGCUCCCCGAAGACCUUGAUGUGUGCAUCGCUCAGCGGGACUUUGAAGGUGCCGUGGACCUCUUGGACAAGCUGAACGAGUACCUGAAGGACCAGCCCGUGAGCCCGCGCGUGAAGGAGCUGAGGGGCAAAGUGGACGAGCGUGUGCGGCAGCUGACGGAGGUGCUGGUGUUCGAGCUCUCCCCCGACCGCUCGCUGCGCGGGGGGCCCAAAGCUACUCGCAGGGCCGUCUCGCAGCUGAUCCGUCUGGGCCAGUCCACCAAGGCCUGUGAGCUCUUCCUGAAGAACCGGGCGGCCGCGGUGCAGACGGCCAUCCGGCAGCUGCGCAUCGAGGGGGCCACUCUGCUCUACAUCCACAAGCUCUGCAACAUCUUCUUCACCAGCCUGCUGGAAACCGCCAAGGAGUUCGAGAUGGACUUCGCCGGCAACACCGGCUGCUACUCGGCGUUUGUGGUCUGGUCGCGUGCGGCCAUGAAGAUGUUCGUGGACGCCUUCAGCAAGCAGGUGUUCGACAGCAAGGAGAGCCUCUCCACCGCCGCCGAGUGCGUCAAAGUGGCGAAGGAGCACUGCAAGCAGCUGAGCGAGAUUGGCCUGGACCUCACCUUCACUCUGCAGUCCCUGCUGGUCAAGGAUGUCAAGGCGGCCCUUCAGAGCUACAAGGAGAUCAUCAUCGAGGCCACCAAGCAUCGCAACUCGGAGGAGAUGUGGCGCAAGAUGAACCUGAUGACCCCCGAGGCGCUGGCCAAGCUGAAGGAGGAGAUGCGAAGCUGCGGGAUGGGCAACUUUGAGCAGUACACGGGCGACGACUGCUGGGUCAACCUCAGCUACACUGUGGUGGCCUUCACCAAGCAGAUGAUGGCGUUCCUGGAGGAGGGCCUGAAGCUGUACUUCCCCGAGCUGCACAUGGUGCUGCUGGAGAGCCUGCGGGAGAUCAUCCUGGUGGCGGUGCAGCACGUCGACUACAGCCUGCGCUGCGAGCAGGAGGCCGAGAAGAAGGCCUUCAUCCUUCAGAACGCCUCCUUCCUGCACGAGACCGUUCUCCCCGUGGUGGAGAAGAGGUUCGAGGAAGGGGUGGGGAAACCCGCCAAGCAGCUGCAGGACCUGAGGAAGAGCUCUCGGCCCAUGCGAGUCAAUCCGGACAGCACCAUGUCCGUGGUGUAAAGGGAAGGGAUGCGGCAUUUUCAUUGUGUUGUUGGAAGUGUGCAAGAAAUCUGAUUUUGUUUGGGAAAAAAAAUUUGAGUGCAAAUUUUCCUUUUUUUUUACCCGUUUGUGCCGUAGUUUUUACUGUUUUCAGCUCUUUGUUGCUAAAAUCAGCAUUAAAAAUGUGUGUCAGGUCAACUUGUUUGUGUUUUUCUUUUCCCUCCCUGGAGUUUUUGAAAUGCAAUUAUCAAGAAUGCUCAGAAUGUAGGCCUAACAGCUGGACAGAAUCAAGACUGAAAGUAAACUAGUGUAUGCAAUAAGAUCCAAAAGAAUUGCACUGAAUUUAUGCCAAGGUCUCCUUUUCCCUUGGAAAUUGUUCUUUGGGGAGUAAACUGUAUUUUAAUCAUGUUGGCUGAAUAUUAGAGCAAGCUAUUAUAGGAGACCAUUUUGGUAAGUCUGCCAUAAGUAAACUUUGUUCUGCAUAAUAAAAAAAAACAAAUGAUGCUACUACCCUUUGAUAUUAUAAUACUGAGAGUGCUUUCUGACUAUAUCAAAGAUUUGAUAAGGGUUCAGAAAUACUGGCCAAAGUUGUUGAGACUUGACUAAUUGAUUGUGCCAAGUAUUUGAUUGUGUACACAUUUACAAUGAAGCAUAGUCACACAUGUAUAGAAUGUCCUACAUUAAUAAUUUUAAAUAAGUUUAGACUUGGCUGAACCAUAUGUUCACAUUGUAGCCAAGGAGGAUUGUCAAUGUAAAUAAAUAAUAAAUGAAUUAAAUCAUG